AUGCUCGGCGCUCGUGCUCUCCUCCUCGCGGCCACCUGCUGCUGCGCGUACUUGUGGCUCGCUCACGCAGAGGACUCCUCGAUGGAGACGCGCUCCUUGGAUUUCCCCCUGAAGAGCCAACAGGAGAAAGAGCUGAUCGACGCGCUGCAGGAAGUUCUCGAGAAGCUGAGAAGCAAAGAGAUGCCCUUAGAGAAAAAACUGGGCUGGCUGCCUUUGUGUGACACCAGGGAGCCGUGCGCCGUGCGUAAAGGUGCGCGUAUUGGCACGCUGUGCAGCUGUCCCCGGGGCACUUCCUGUAACUUUUAUAUUCUCAAAUGUUUGUGA